AUGAAGCCAGUGACACCAAUAUCAGAACUUAAGUGCGAGGAAUAUAUAGGCGAAAUUGCGGGUACGUCUUUCGUAAUGACUCUGCCUGGUUCAUCGAACGUGCGCAAGGUGAUUAAUAAUUGCGAGAGUACGAAUCGUUUGGUGGUUGGUGGUACCGAGGCGCGAGUUGAUGAGUUCCCUCACAUGGUCGCCCUGGGCAAACGUAAUGCCAACGAGUUCGUCUUGAUGUGCGGUGGCACGCUAAUUUCACAUAACUGGGUGAUUUCCGCUGCUCAUUGUACUCAUGGAACAGACGGCGGUGUAACUGAUGCAAGAAUAGGCUUCCACAGCUUGACAGACCAAAAAGGCAUCACAAUUGUCAUUAAAGAUAUAAAAACUCAUCCGGAUUACAAACCACCUGCGAUGUAUGCGGACAUUGCUCUGAUACAGCUUAUGACCCCUGUUACUUUUAACACAUCUGUACGACCCGCGUGUCUUUAUCAGCCUUUUGACUCCGUGCCCACACAGGCUUGGGUGAGCGGCUGGGGUGUUACCGAAUACAGUGGAGAGGUGAGCGAUCGAUUACAAAAGGCUAAGCUGGAUCUGGUAGACAAUCUAUCGUGUACAGUACGGUAUAACAAUUCCACAGAAAUUCCGUACGGUAUCACACUAAGUAUGAUUUGUGCUGGCGGCAUUAAGGACACUUGCCAAGGAGAUUCCGGUGGUCCUCUGCAAAUAGUCCAUCCUAAGAGUGAAUGCCUCUUCCAACUGAUUGGUAUCACCAGUUUUGGUCCGGGUUGUGGGAUACUCGAUAUACCCAGUGUUUAUACUAGGGUGUCCCAUUAUCUUUCGUGGAUCGAAAAUAUUGUCUGGCCACAAGAAUAA